AUGAAUAUGAUGAUGGGACCACAACCGGCCAAUACGCCGGAUGAGCAAGCGACAUAUAAAAUCAAGAGAACUCCAAGUUCCAGAACGGAGGAAUUCUUAAAGGUUGACAUUAGCAUAUGGGGUGGGACCAGCUAUUUACCCAGUGAGGCACGAAGAAUUCAUACUCCGCCUGACCCUGAGCAGACACUGGAUGGUCGAUUAAAAGGCUUCUUCUUCGACUACAACGCGCCGAGAAGUGAACAUGGUCAGGAUUGUCAUGAAGUCGAAGGCGAUGACCGAACGGAAGAUGGAGGAAAUGGACGAAGCAAGGUCACAACAGGGACUCCAAAAUUGGACAGGAACAGAAGUGGGAAGUACAAACCUCCAGGAGAUUGGUAUGAUGUCAAACUCGCCGAAUUAGACGAUGAAGACGACGAUGAAGAACAGAUCCAGUGUUCCAAGAAUGGCAAGUCGGAUUGUGGCGUGUAUUCUAUGGCGCAAAACGGAGAUGAAACAGGACAAUUUGACCACACGAUACCGGAGCAUCUCCCAAGCAGUCCUUUGUGCCCGAGAAAUCCUAAGUACUGGCGAGUGGUCAGAGGCAAAGGCAGUCAGUUUCGUGGAUGUUGGAUGCAUGGAAUUGGGGAAUAUGACAUCGUGCCUGGGAUCGAAAUGGCACCAACAUGA